UCUUCUUCCUCUUUCUUCUUCCCGUUGUUCCUCUGUAUCUGGCUUUCACUUUUUUCCCGUCUUGUCGAAAAAGUAUACCGUUUUUCUUCACUUGUUUCAAAAGAAGGCUGAAGGGUUCUCCUUUAAAGACCUCGGUUUUGUUAAAUCAUUUUGCUUUUCCUUUUUUCAUCCAAGUCCUCAUCAUUGUCAUUAUUUUCAUAGAUCUUUAUUGCCUACCCCAUUUUUCCUUUUCCUCAUUCCUUUGUUUACUUAUUAGUUACUGCCUGUUAAAGUUGAUUGAAGAAACUCUCUUUGAGAUCACAUAUGCAGAUGGAAGCAGUGAUGCCAUCGGCUGUAACACCAUCAAAGAGUAAAAGGGCUCGAACUUUAUCGAAAGUCCUUCACCGGCACUCGAAGGCGGCUGGGGUUGUCCCCGACGAUAGGGUUCACAAGGUUAAGCCGCCCAAGGAAACUGAAGAAUGGAAAUUAUCCCAGAAAUUUGACAGAUUACACGAUGAAGAGCUUGAAAGAAAGCUGGCCUUGGAAGCACUUGUUGCGAAAAUCUUUGCGUCUGUUUCAGCUAUUAAAGCAGGAUAUGCUCAGUUGCAGUAUGCUCAAUCUCCUUACGACGCUGAAGGGAUCCAAGGAGCCGAUCAAUUGAUUGUUUCCGUCUUGAAAAAACUGUCCGAAUUGAAGCAGUGUUCCCUGAAGAAACAGUAUGAUUUUUCCCCAGAACAAGCAAUGGCUUUAGCCGAAAUCCAGGAACUGAAGAGUCUUUCAACGACGUUUAAAAUCAUGGGAAAGAAACUGGAAUCUCAGAUGAGACUCAAAGAUUCCGAGAUCAUUUUUCUCCGAGAAAAGUUGGAUGAAUCCGAUAAGCAAAACAGGUUGCUGGAGAAGAGAUCAAACCAAAACGGUCAGUUAGUUGUGCUCGACAAUAUAAACCUGUCCGGCUUAAAUCCGAUACAUUUCAUCACUGUUCUUCGACAAACUGUGAAGUCGAUUCGAAGAUUCGUCAGGCUGAUGAUCGACGAAUUGAAGUUGGCUGAUUGGGAUAUCAAUGCGGCAGCAAGUUCCAUCGAAAGAGGUGUGGUGUAUUGGAAAGAAGAUUACAAAUGUUUUGCAUUCGAGUCCUUCAUUUGCAGGGAAAUGUUCAAGUCCUUCCACCUACCAUAUUUCUCUCUUUUUGGUAGCUCAGUGCCAGAAGAAAAGAAGCAUCCCCAACUCUUUUUCGAUCGGUUUACGGAAUUGAAAUCCAUGAAAGCUGGAGAAUAUUUAGCUUUGAAACCGAAAUCAACAUUUGCCAAAUUUUGCAGGAACAAGUACUUGGAAGUUGUUCAUCCUAAGAUGGAAUCAUCAUUUUUUGGCAAUUUGAACAAUAGAGAAAUGGUGGGUUCAUAUCAGUUCCCAGACACACCACUUUUCACCAUGUUUGCCGAAAUGGCAAAAAGGGUUUGGCUUCUGCAUUGCUUAGCAUUCUCCUUCGAGCCCGCAGCAUCAAUCUUUCAAAUAAGCAAAGGGUGUAGGUUUUCAGAAGUGUACAUGGAAAGUGUAGCCGAGGAAGCCUUCCUUUCACCAGAACCGGAACCCCGAGUUGCGUUCACCGUCGUCCCGGGAUUCAGGGUCGGAAAGACAGUAAUACAAUGCCAGGUAUAUCUCUCACAAUUCAAAACAAGGUAGCCCUUCGUUCUUGUAAGUUCAGAGGAAAUGGAUUCAGGGCUGUUGUUGUGGUUAGCCGGGGAAUUUGUCCCAUAGUUUGUAAGAUACAUUCCCUCAGUUUUGUUAAUUCUCAGUGGCCAAUGAUGUUCUAGCUGUUUGACAUUAUUGCUUUUUUAUGUGUACAUAAUUAUAUAGG